AUGAAGGCAUUAAUCAUUCUCACAGUUUGUGCGGUGACUGUAUUUGCGGGCCUAGGGGAUGACUUGUGGCGUGAAGCUAACAAACGGCGUCCUGUUGGAAUAGAUGUUUUCGCUGCACCUAUUUACGGCGGAAGGAUCAUUGGAGGGAAAGAAGUUUCCAUUGAACAAUACCCAUUCAUAUUGUCACUUCGUCGUGGGAUUCACUGGUGUGGUGCAUCCGCUAUUUCCAACAUAUGGGUAGUUUCUGCUGCUCAUUGUACCGAAAAUACCAACCCAGGAGGCUACACUCUCUUAGGAGCUAGCUCUAACCGCUCAUCUGAUGAAAUCAUCUUUCCUGUCGCAAGCAUCACGAACCAUGGACGGUACGAUAAUAUUACACUCGAUUUUGAUGUGAGCGUCAUCAAAAUUAAAGGAACCUUUGAAGGAACUAUUAUUACUCCAGUUCCGUUUGUGUUCACGAAAAAAUACAUUGAAGAAGGUACUUUUGCAACUGUUGCUGGAUGGGGUAUGACUUCACCAGGAGGAUCGCUGGCCGACAAUCUCAUGGCUGUAAAUGUUCCCAUAGUUUCACAGAAAAAUUGUCGACAACAGUGGGGAGAAUCACGUAUUACCGAGAACAUGGUCUGUGCAGGCGAGCCAGGACGUGAUUCAUGCAACGCAGACAGUGGAGGUCCGCUUAUUGUCAAUGGACAACUGCUCGGUGUGGUAUCUUGGGGUGAUAGGCAGUGCGGAGGUAGCUUCGCCGGUGUGUAUGCUGACCUUAGAUCGCCAUCAGUUAGAGAAUUUAUCGAAAAUGCAACUGCGAGAGAUGCAUGAUUUACAAAACAGAAUACAUUAAUCGGUACUUUUGAUAUAUGUGUUUAUGUACCUUUGAUUUUCGUUCCAAUCUAUGAUAAUUUAAUUUAGAUUUUUUUUAAAUUUCUCAUAUAAUAUAU